GUCUGCCUCCGGUAUUGCUCUUCACCACCGUUCACCAGAAAAAAGAGAGUAAGUCGGAGAGUGUCUCAUAGACCCUCCUCUCCCUCUCCCUCUCCCUCUCCCUCUCUCUCUCUCUCUGCCCUCAAAUUCUACUUUAUGGCUUCUUCUGCAACUCUUCCAACCCUUCGCUUCUCUCUUAAACCUUGUACUUACCCCUGUCUUUCCCCAUCGGAUACAUCCCAUCUGUUUCUCCGGUGCUGGCAUCGCACUGUGACUUCUCUCAGGCCUUCAUUACACUCCUCUGGUUUGUUGGGGUCUAAUCGAAUCGUCGAUCCUGUCUUGAAAUGCGAUAGAAUUCGUUCCACUGUGUCGGCUACAGCGACUCCGGUUGAGGUAAUGGAGCAGUCGCCGCCUAAAACCAGCUCUAAGGUUUCGACAAUUGUUGAUGUCGAUUUGGGGGAUCGAAGCUAUCCCAUAUAUAUUGGAACCGGACUUCUUGAUGAACCCGAUCUUCUUCAGCGGCAUGUUCAUGGGAAGAAAGUUCUUGUGGUCACCAACACUACAAUUGCACCAUUGUACCUUGAUAAAGUUAUUAAUGCUUUAACUUCUGGAAACUCGAAACUUUCUGUCGAGAGCGUGAUUUUACCAGAUGGUGAGAAGUAUAAGGACAUGGACACUCUCAUGAAGAUCUUCGACAAGGCCAUUGAGUCGCGAUUGGAUCGACGCUGUACAUUUGUAGCCCUUGGAGGCGGCGUGAUUGGUGAUAUGUGUGGUUUUGCUGCUGCUGCUUUUCUACGUGGUGUAAACUUCAUUCAGAUUCCAACCACUGUAAUGGCGCAGGUAGAUUCUUCAGUGGGUGGCAAAACUGGAAUAAACCAUCGGCUGGGGAAGAACUUGAUUGGUGCUUUCUACCAGCCUCAGUGUGUGCUUGUAGAUAUAAACACAUUAAACACGUUACCUGAAAGGGAAUUAGCUUCAGGUCUUGCUGAAGUUGUUAAAUAUGGGCUUAUUAGGGAUGCAGAGUUUUUUGAAUGGCAAGAGAAGAAUAUGCAGGCAUUAUUAGCAAGGGACCCAAGUGCACUGGCUUAUGCUAUCAAGCGAUCUUGUGAAAACAAGGCUGAAGUUGUGGCCUUGGAUGAGAAAGAAGGUGGAGUGAGAGCAACGUUGAACUUGGGUCAUACAUUUGGCCAUGCAAUAGAAACUGGUUUUGGCUAUGGCCAGUGGCUCCACGGAGAAGCUGUUGCAGCUGGCACGGUCAUGGCUGUGGACAUGUCGUAUCGCCUUGGCUGGAUUGAUGAAUCACUCAUGAAGCGUGUCUACAAUAUUUUGCAACAGGCGAAUCUACCCACUGCCCCACCUGAAGUUAUGACUAUGGAGAUGUUCAAAUCUUACAUGGCGGUUGAUAAGAAAGUCGCCGAUGGACUACUUAGACUUAUCCUCCUGAAAGGUCCUUUGGGUAACUGCACUUUUACUGGAGAUUAUGAUAGAACGGCCCUAGAUGACACUCUGCGUGCAUUUUGCAAGUCUUGAGAUCAUCCACAACAGAGAUCAUCCCCAAGCAUGUGUAUUUUGUGCUUCAAGUCUUUGUUAUGCAGGUUGCUAUUUCCCAGCAUUUAAUUGGGAUGGCUCCUACCCUUGGCCUUCAACAAAACCAUUGGCAGAAGCCAUGACAGAAUUUUUGAAUUUUUGCACUAGUGUAGUUUGUCUUCAAGAUUUUACAGUAAAUACCUGCUGAUUUGUAUGUAAUACAAGGCAUUAUCAGAUACAAGUAAUGAAUGUAUCUCUAAGUUAUUGU